AGUAACUGUAGACACACCGACAUAGAUGUCACCAGUAAGUGUAGACACACCGACAUAGACGUCACCAGUAACUGUAGACACACCGACAUAGACGUCACCAGUAACUGUAGACACACCAACAUAGACGUCACCAGUAACUGUAGACACACCGACAUAGAUGCCACCAGUAAGUGUAGACACACCGACAUAGACGUCACCAGUAAGUGUAGACACACCGACAUAGACGUCUCCAGUAACUGUAGACACACCGACAUAGAUGUCACCAGUAACUGUAGACACACCGACAUAGACGUCACCAGUAACUGUAGACACACCGACAUAGAUGUCACCAGUAAGUGUAGACACACCGACAUAGACGUCACCAGUAAGUGUAGACACACCGACAUAGACGUCACCAGUAAGUGUAGACACACCGACAUAGACGUCACCAGUAAGUGUAGACACACCGACAUAGAUGUCACCAGUAACUGUAGACACACCGACAUAGAUGUCACCAGUAAGUGUAGACACACCGACAUAGACGUCACCAGUAACUGUAGACACACCGACAUAGACGUCACCAGUAACUGUAGACACACCAACAUAGACGUCACCAGUAACUGUAGACACACCGACAUAGAUGUCACCAGUAAGUGUAGACACACCGACAUAGACGUCACCAGUAACUGUAGACACACCGACAUAGACGUCUCCAGUAACUGUAGACACACCGACAUAGAUGUCACCAGUAACUGUAGACACACCGACAUAGACGUCACCAGU